AUGCGAGCCUAUUCGCCGCCCGUCACCCGCCAAAGAGCCCGGGCGAUAAUUCUCGGGCAGGCCGCCCAAAGGAGUCAGCGAGAGCAGCCGGAACAGCAGGGGCAAGCACGCCAGGCGCAAGGGAGUAGGAGCAGCAGCAGAAGCAGCGGCGGUCGCGUGCGUCGCCGUGAGCAGGAGCAGGGCGCGUCGGAGAGCUUGCCGAACGGUGCCGGCGCCGGCGGAACAGGAGGAGGAGCAGAGGAGUCCGACGGAGGAAGGAGCGAGAGGGUCGCGAGCGGGGGGAGCCCAGGUUCUUUUUCGUCGUCACGCACGGCCGGCACUCGGUCGGAAUCUACUGCAACCGUGGGUAAUACCGCGAGCCGCUGGAGGAGGGGUGGAGGCCGCCGCAACCCUAGCGUAGAGGCAGAGGUGGAAAUAACAAAGGGAUUGGGAGGGGGCGGCGGCGGGGGCGACGGCGGCGGCAGCAAGGUGGCCGUCGCGGAAGCCACGUGUGGGCUGGGGGACCAAGGCGUGGACGCCGACGGCGACGACGGCGUGGCAUCGUCAUCGGUGGCGGCGGCGUUUCCGGGUGCCCCGCGCUCUUCUUCUUCUUCUUCUUCGUCACAACCGCUGGAAGAGGUUAACCCCAGCGUUCUGAACGCCAAAGACUUCUCAUCAGGCAGCAGCAGCAGCGGCGGGGUCGAUGCCGGGGCGGAUGGCAAGGAAGGGGGCAGCAGCGUCGCCAGCACCGCCCCAAGCAGCCAUCACGAACCACCACGACCGUCGUCGCAAUCGGACCGGGAGGACGGUGGCCGCCCCGCGAUUGGCGGACCGCGGCUCUUGGGCGGAAGCACUACCGCGGGAGCAGUGCCGCUGCCGGCUGCUUUGAGCGGCGAUGGUGCAGACGGCGCUGCUGUCGACGGCGACGCCGAUAGUCCUAAUCACGGGGGAGUGCUCCCGAUCCCCCCUCCCGCCCGGGGUCCCAGCGCGACGGCGGCGGGGGUAGCAAGAGCGGUUGCUGACAGACGAGACAGGAGUUCUUCUGGCGGAGCCGUUAGAGGCAGGAGCUGCGCAGCCGCCGCGGGGGGAGGGGAAGGCGGCGGAGACAUGGAUGGGUCGCCCGAGAGGGGGGUGAAGCCCCCGGCGGCGGAGGCGGAGGGUGGAGGGUCCGGUGGAGGCGCGGGGCUCGGGUCGCGCCUGAACGGCAAGUCUGUGCUGGCCAAGGGGAGCACCGGUGUCAGCCCCAUGCAGAAGCGCAACCGACGGGAGCUAAAGCUUUCAGAAGAGGAGACCGCCAUGGCGGGCGCCCCGCAGGGACCCGUGUACCAGGUGGCGGUGCUCGAGACGGGGGACUUCGAGCCGUCCCCCAACCCGGACGAGGAGAUGCAGGCCGUACGCGCGGCCUCGGCGGGCGACGGGGAUUGGGCGGAUCUGUACAGUGCCGUCGAUUCGGCCCGCAGGCUCUGCAUCUUCCACGCGCAGAAGCUCCUCGUCCCCGGGGGGCAGGGGGGCGGGGGAGCCGGCGGCAGCGGCGACGGGGGGGACGCGGACGGUAAUCUGGAGGGGGUGGUGGGGUUGCUGGCGGCGGCGGUGGGGAACCUUCGGUCGUCGAUGGUACGGAACGCCCUGCUCGGGGUGGGGGACAUUUUCAGGUUCUUGAAGCACGACGUUGGGAGGGUGGACAUCAGCCCCAUGAUAGCGGGCACGCUGCAGCGCCUCGCGGGAGACAAGCGCUUCAUUUGCCAAACGGCGGCUCAGGCGAUGGAAGCGGCGGCACGCAACGGGCCCGGUGCGGACGUGUUGCAUGCGAUUCUUCCGUCCUUGGACGACCGGAACGCUGAAGUCGCCGCGAAGUCGGCCUUUUACGCGGAGCAGUGCCUGGCUGCUCUGGGCGUUGGGAGCAAGGCGGGAGUGGGCUUGCCCGAGGCCCUAGAGUUCCGUAGCAUGUUGCCCGGCAUGUCGCGGGCGUUGAAUGGGAAAGUGGCGGAGGGAAGGGCGUCGGCCAGACGGGCGCUGUUGAGGUGUCGCAAGGCCAUGGGCCUCGGUCCUUUCGAGGCAGCCGUUAAGUCAUCCCUGGAGAAGGCAGAGGCGACAUCCCUCCUCACCGUAUUGGCGACGCCCAACCGAACAGGCGCCGCGGCAGGGGCAGGGAAGGCCGGGCCUGGCCGAGCACCAAUCCUGCAGGGGCGACGGGGUGGUGCGGGGACGGGGAGGGGGGGUGGGGUGGCGGCGCGGCCGUCCAUCCGUGAACAGAUGAUGGCGGCGAGAAGAAAAAAGGGGCAAGCGGAGGGAGGCAGCGGGGGUGGGGGGGAGGGCUUCGUAGUCGUAUCUUGAGGAGCGGGGGUUGGGUUUCCUGUGGUCUUGGCGGCGGUGGUUUGGGUUGGUAUUUUAGCUGAUGGCGGUGGGCUCUGAUCGAUGGUUGACGGCCGAAAUUCGGUCAAACGUGGCCAAGAAUGACGGGGGAAGCAUGUUCACUGUCGCUGUGGUGGUGCGGGCGAUUUUCUCUGUCUUGAGUGACGUUACGGGCAGUGAGUCUGGUGUCUUGGCUUGGUUAUCGCAAGACCGAACCCGGACGAAGCCCUCCCCCCCCCCUGCAUUCCUUGGAGUCGCACGAACUGUCGGCGGGAUGGCUUCAGGGUACCUCUACACCAUUUGGCGAAUCGUGGCGUUUGCACUCAGUGCCACCCUUUUUCUUUUUCUCGUGCGGCAGCGGAUGUAUCGCAAUCGAACGGCUAACCGAAUUCGCUUUUGAGGCUUUUCCUCGUUUCGGAGCCUACCGCCGUCUCUUUUCAGACUGCUUCAAUUUCUUAAGCUGUUUGUGAUGUUAGCAGCCCAGCAGCGGAGUAUUUUUUGUCUAGAGCGAUCAUGGGAGGUCCAUACAUACCUUGGUAGGCAUUUGAGAGGGUUUCUCGCACGAAGUGUACGGGAGAUAGCAGCAGCGACGGCAACAUCGGAAAGCAGUAUCAGCAAGACGGUAGUGCUUGUGCAGUAUUGGAAGAGAAGCGAGAUCUGACGGUUUCAAGAUGACAGACACGAUGAAAGAUGAUCGCACCAUUUCCGGUGAUGCUGCCGUCGAGCCGAUGUGCCCGCUGACAUGACAUAAUGGUACAUUUUUUUUUGUGUUGUUUGGUGCUGCAGUAUCAUACGGAGCGUCCUGCUUCUUGGGGGGCUUCACUCGGAAUGUUGGUCGUUUUCAGGGUGUGGCUUUGGGCAGGGAGUGUUAUUCAUCUUCGAGGUUUGUGAGUGAGGCCGCGGUGAGACUUUUUGGUAGGGAGUGUUCUUCAUGUUCUUCGAGAUUUCGGAGUGAAGGCCGCGAUGAGAGUUUUUUUUUUUUUAGACCGCACCUUGCUCGGACCAAAGUAGGAAAUCACUACGACGAAGACGCGUGUGGGACAUGCUACGAUUCUCGUUUUUUUUUGUGUGCCGGCAAAGUCGGGAGUGGAUUUGUGGUGAUACGAUAUUGUAGCUCCCUUGGAUUUGUUUCAGCAUGGUAUCGAGUGCGCCGCGGGGUUUUCUCUUUCUGUGGUUCAGUCGACUGCUGUGGGCAUGAUUGCCUUCGUGCCGGUAUGUCGGAGGAACGGGAGAGGUACACCGGUGUAUAAAUGUGUCUAGUGCAGGUUUUGCAUCCGGGGCACCUCCUUCGCGUUGGUAUGUAGGGGGAUAAACAGGUACCCGGGUAUAAUUCCGUCUAGUUGGGGUUUCGGCGUAUGGUGGGCCUAAUUUUACAACUGGGUUGAUUUUGCAGACGAUCACCGCGUUUGUCGUAUCAUAGAACAGGGGACUCUAGCCGGCACCUUACCCCAAUCCACCCACCACCCGUCCCUCUGUUGGGAGGUCGGCCGAAAGAGCCUACUGGUGUUGAUGUUUCUCGAAACCGUCAAGCAUUCCAGCGUCCGAUCAGUGUUUUUUUUCUUCUUUUUCUCGAAGAGGUGUGCAGACAACGGCGGCGGUUUCAUUCAUGUUUUGUCUUUUCUUAAAUCUUGGUUCGGUUUCGUUGAGGAUAAGAAACAAGAGGGUACAUAGAUACAUUAUUGCUGUUUUUGUGUGUUGAGGAGGGGGAGGGCGAACGAUUCCAGGUUCUGGUAAUACUGUCACUAUUAUUUUCCCGAGAACAGUGCGCCGUGGGGGGAGAGGGGGAGCUAAGGUUACCCGGACGAGGCGCGUAUUGGGGCAGGAAGCUGUAAGUCGGUAGGCGGUGAUGUCAGUUAUGACGGGUGGGAGAGAUACCAGCACAAGGAUAGAAAGAGAGAACAAUCGUGCGGCUGCCCCGACCCUUCUUCAACAGGACGGGUCUAGCCAAAACUCCUGGCUUCAUCGAUUCCUUGCCUACCGACCCACGAUUGCCGACGGUAAGAUUCCUUCACAAUCGCAUGCAUAAUUUCUCGAUCCA